AUGCCUCUCAAGGGAAUCUCCCCCGUCAUCUCGCCUGACCUCCUCAAGGUCCUGGCCGAAAUGGGUCACGGCGAUGAAAUCGUUCUCGCCGAUGCCCACUUCCCCUCUCACUCAAUCUGCCCGCCUCAUAUCCCCGUGCUUCGCGCCGACGGCAUCACCGUCUCGCGUCUGUUGGCCGGCAUCGCCCCGCUCUUCGAGCUGGAUAACUACGGCGUCGUGCCCGUCAUCAUGAUGCAAGUCGUCGAGGGCGACACCUUUGACGCGAGUGUAGAGGGUGAUUUCAGGUCUUCGCUCAAGUACGACGGUGAAAUUGAGAAGCUAGAGAGGUUCGCCUUUUACGAGAGGUCCAAGAAGGCCUUCGCGAUUGUGGCAACGGGGGAGACGAGAAAGUACGGCAACAUCAUCCUCAAGAAGGGUGUUAUUCCCAUUACUGAAUAG